AUGGAAAAACCAAGCUAAUAAGGAACAUAUGUUUCAAUAUUCUAGUAACUACAAAGCUAAAAAAGCUAGACAACAGGAAGCUCAUCAAUAUUUAGUGGCUUAAUGAAAACAUAGUCUAGUGAUAUUAUAUAAACAUCUUCAUAAAAGUCUAGCAAAAAAAAUAAAAAACCUAACUUAUAAGAUUUAGAAUAAAGCUCAACUACUCUGAAAAAGAUACAAACUAGUUAAGAUCAGGCACCAAAAGAUGAAUGUGAAAUAUCUUAGGAAUCAAUCAAUAAUAAAUAAACAAGCAAAUAGGAGAUAAAAAAUAAAAUUGAAAUAGUUGAUCAUGCUAAACCCCGCAAAUAAACAUCAACAAGAGUAUUUUAAAGUUUACUGUAAUGGUUAUUUACUAAAUAAGGAAUAAAUCCACUUUGGAUUAUGAUAGAAGAUAGACACCUAAUUUAGAAUUUUGUAUAUAUUACAUUAACUGUACCUCCUGAUUUUGAAAAGCGCUUGUUAGCUAAAUAGGAUUUUCCUUUUUUAGGUUAAUAUUAUGAUUAGAAAAAUAUUGCAGUUUUUAAAGAAAGAACAGUUCAAAAUGAAGAUAAUUAUUGGCAUUCCCUAUUCUAAACAAAGUUAACAGAAGAUAUUUCUCUUCCACUCUUUAACAAAAAUACAGUCUCUCCCUAAUAAUAAAUAAACUAAGAGUAGUAUUAAGCAAUGACUUAUGAAGAAAAACUAUAUUAUAAAUAUUCAUAAUUUUGUCAUUCUAAAUAGACUCUUAAGAAUAAUUUGUAUCCUACUGAGAGUGAAGACUUUCCUAAUUAUGUUAGCUCAACUGAGAGUACAUUAAAAUUUGACACAGUUAAAUUUGAAAACAAAAUUCUUGGAUUAGAUUGUGAAAUGGUUUCAACUGAGUAUGGUUUAGAGCUUGCAAGAAUAAGUUUAGUUAAUUUCGAUGGUGAAGUUUUGAUAGACUAACUGGUAAAAACGCCAAAUAGGAUUAUAAAUUAUAACACUUAAUAUAGUGGAAUAACAUAAGAAAUGUUAAAAGAUGUAAAAGUAGAUUUACAGUAAGCACAGAAACUACUAUUUUAGUAUGUUUGCUAAGACACCAUUCUCAUAGGACAUUCUUUAGAGAAUGAUUUAGUAGCUAUGCAAGUAAUUCAUAACAAGGUUAUAGACACAAGUAUAUUAUUUUUGACAAAGAAUGAAAGAAAGCUAAAAUUAAAGGAUUUGGCCUAAAAAUUUUUGAAUUGCAAAAUUUAGUAAGGUUCUCACUGUCCUUCAGAAGAUGCAAAAAGUGCAUUAAGCUUAGCAAAAUUGAGAAUUGAAAUAUUAGAAAAGUUUGAUAAUUCUAAAAUAAUAAGUGGAACCAGCUAAAUUACACUAGAUUUACUCGAUUAAAUUAUAAAAACAAAUAACACUAUUUUAAUCUUAGACGAAACUGACUAAUUAAUGAGGUUACUUUAAUAUGGAGUACAUUAUGAUGAGUUAAAGCAAAAUAGUAACGAAUAAAGAUUAGAUAAAAUUGUUAAAUGGGUGAAGAAGAAAAAGAAAGAAAAUUGCAUCAUUCCAAGAAUAAUAAUGACAUAAUUAAUAAAAGAGAAAAAAUAAAUGAGCUAUAAAGACUUAGAUAGUAAAUUCAAAGAAAUAGUAGAUAACUCUCCUUAAAAUUCAGUAUUUGCUUUCAAUUUUGAAAUAGAAGAUGAUAAAUCUUUAAACAACAGUUUAAAUGUAUCUAACCCAUUUUGCAUAUUUGUGUCCAUUUGA